AUCAUGUCUGACGGCGACGUUAUGCCCCCCAAGCCCUCUGUGGUUUUGGAGGCCCACGAGGUCGACACUUUCCAUGUUCCUAAAGCAUUCCACCAGAAACACCCGACCGGAACCCACCUGAAAGACCUUGACGAAUAUAAGAGGCUAUACGAGGAGUCGAUCCGCAGUCCGCAAACCUUCUGGGCUCGUAUGGCCCGUGACCUCCUUACCUUCGACAAGGAUUUCCAGACUACCCGCACCGGCUCAUUCGCCAAUGGUGACAGCGCCUGGUUUGUUGAGGGUCGCUUGAACGCCUCCUUCAACUGCGUUGACCGCCAUGCCCUUAAGAACCCCGACAAAGUUGCCAUCAUCUACGAAGCCGACGAGCCCAGCGAGGGUCGUACCAUCACCUAUGGCGAGUUGCUCCGUGAAGUGUCCCGCGUUGCCUGGGUGCUCAGGCAGCAGGGUGUCCGAAAGGGCGACACCGUUGCCAUCUACCUUCCUAUGAUUCCUGAAGCCGUCAUUGCCUUUUUGGCCUGCUCCCGUAUUGGUGCAGUUCACUCCGUCGUGUUCGCCGGUUUCUCCUCCGACUCCCUCCGUGACCGUGUUAUUGACGCCGGAUCGAAGGUUGUCAUUACUACCGACGAGGGUAAGCGUGGUGGUAAGGUGAUUGGCACUAAGCGUAUUGUCGACGAGGCCCUCAAGCAGUGCCCUGAUGUGUCUAGCGUCCUGGUUUACAAGCGCACCGGUGCGGAGGUUCCCUGGACCGAGGGCCGUGACGUCUGGUGGCACGAGGAGGUUGAAAAGUUCCCCAACUACUUCCCUCCUGAGCCUGUGAGCUCCGAAGACCCAUUGUUCCUUCUCUACACCUCCGGUUCGACUGGUAAGCCCAAGGGUGUUAUGCACACUACUGCCGGUUACCUGCUUGGUGCCGCCAUGACGGGCAAGUAUGUCUUUGACAUUCAUGACGAUGACCGCUUCUUCUGCGGUGGUGAUGUGGGUUGGAUCACUGGGCACACCUACGUCGUGUACGCACCUUUGCUCCUGGGAUGCUCUACCUUGGUUUUCGAGAGUACUCCUGCCUACCCCAACUUCUCUCGCUACUGGGACGUCAUCGAGAAGCACAAAGUCACCCAGUUCUACGUCGCCCCCACCGCAUUGCGAUUGUUGAAGCGUGCUGGAGACGAGCACAUUCACCACAAGAUGGAGCACCUGCGUAUCCUGGGUUCCGUUGGUGAGCCUAUCGCCGCUGAGGUCUGGAAGUGGUAUUUCGAGACUGUCGGAAAGGAAGAGGCACACAUUUGCGACACAUACUGGCAAACCGAGACUGGUUCUAACGUCAUCACCCCAUUGGGUGGUAUCACCCCCACCAAGCCCGGUAGUGCAUCGAUGCCGUUCUUCGGAAUCGAGCCCGCAAUCAUUGACCCCGUCUCUGGUGAAGAGAUCACUGGAAAUGAUGUCGAAGGUGUUCUCGCCUUCAAGCAGCCUUGGCCUAGUAUGGCUCGCACUGUCUGGGGUGCUCACAAGCGCUACAUGGACACCUACUUGAAUGUUUACAAGGGCUACUAUUUCACCGGAGAUGGUGCUGGUCGUGACCACGACGGAUACUACUGGAUCCGUGGCCGUGUUGACGAUGUUGUUAAUGUGUCUGGACACCGUCUGUCUACUGCCGAAAUCGAAGCUGCUCUUCUGGAGCACCACCAAGUUGCCGAGGCCGCCGUUGUUGGUAUUGCUGACGAGCUGACUGGCCAAGCCGUCAAUGCCUUUGUCGCUCUCAAGGAGGGCAACGAGACCAGCGAGCAGGUCCGCAAGGACCUUGUCAUGCAGGUCCGUAAGUCGAUUGGACCAUUUGCCGCUCCCAAGGCCGUGUUCGUUGUCGAAGAUCUUCCCAAGACCCGUAGCGGCAAGAUCAUGCGCCGUAUUCUGCGGAAGAUCCUGAGCGGCGAGGAGGACAGCCUGGGUGACAUCUCGACACUCUCCGACCCCUCCGUGGUUGAGAAGAUCAUUGCCGCCGUCCACGCUUCGAGAAAGUAGACAGGCAAUAUGAAACGACUCUUAUGAAGAAGUAAAAAAAUGAUAAAAAAGAGAGAGAAAAAAGAGGAAAAAGAGGAAAGGUUAUAUAUUCUAGCACACAGAUGAUGAUAUCAUGAGUUUUAUUGUUAUUCCCAGGCUGCAAUUCUACCUGGAGACCUUGAUACUUUUCUAUCUUUAGUCAUGCAUGUUUCGCGAUUCCCACGUUUGCCUGUUGAGAAGCGGUAAUAUUUCUUGUUUUACCGGGAAAUGGUAAAUAUUGAUAAUAUAUAUUCUUUGUGUUAUCCCUUCAUUUUGCAAUCUCACCUUUAAACCGUCGCAUGGUAGGGUGGCAUAGA